AUGACCAAUGGCUUUCGAUUAGCUAAAACCACCAAUUACUCAACUCCACUAACCCCUUAUACUCCGUCCAUGCACAUCCGAAUCCAUCGAACACGAGCACAAAGACGUCCCAAGAUGCUCAACCUCCCGGACACAUUCACCCAGUUCACUGAGCUAGGCGAGGUAGACAUCAGCACCCUGCACGGCGACCAUGUCACCGUCGUGGUGAUCUACAUCAAGGACUCCAGGCUCCUCAGGGACGAUUGGGCGCCUGCCGUCCAGAUCAUCCAGGACCAAUGGUACGGUAAGCGGCAGCAGCAGCAGCGGCGGCAUUCACAACCCCACAGGAAGCCGCUGGGUGGGAUUCUCUCGACCCGGGAUUCCUGUUGUCUGUACACCGAGCCCCCGGCUCGGGACGGCCCGCCGCAGCACUUGGAGUACCAGGGUCGCAGCGAGUUUGCGAGGUUGGGACAUAGAUUAACUGGGAAGGGCUUUGACGGAAUGAUAUCACACAGCCAUGGACAUUCAACUUGA